CUCUUUUGGUUUUUGGAUCUCUCUAGUAUUAUUACAACUACUACUAUUACUUCAACUACUUACAACUAGUACAAUCAUGGCUGACACAACCUUUCUCUUUACUUCGGAAUCCGUCAACGAGGGACAUCCCGACAAGUUCUGCGAUCAAGUGUCCGACGCGGUGCUCGAUGCUUGCAUUGCCGGUGACGAAAUGUCGCGUGUGGCGUGCGAGACGUGCUGCAAGACGGGCAUGGUCAUGAUCUUUGGAGAAAUCACCACCGCGGCUACCGUCAACUACGAACAGGUCAUUCGCGACGCCAUCAAGGACAUUGGCUACGACGACCCCGCCAAGGGAUUCGACUACAAGACCUGCAACGUCAUUGUCGCCAUUGAAGAACAGUCGCCCGACAUUGCGCAGUCCGUAGACGCCGUCAAGGUCGAAGACAUUGGAGCCGGUGAUCAAGGAAUCAUGUUUGGCUACGCCACCGACGAGACCGAGUCCCUCAUGCCCCUCACGCACAUGCUCGCUACGCAAAUCGGCAGCAAGCUCACCGAAGUGCGCAAAAACGGAACCUGCGAAUGGGUCCGUCCCGACGGCAAGACGCAGGUCACCUGCGAGUACAAACUCGUCAACGGAGUGCCCGUCCCGCAGCGAGUGCACACCAUUGUCAUCUCCACACAACACGCCGAAGACGUCACCAACGAACAGAUCGCGGCCGACCUCAUGGAACACGUCAUCAAGCCCGUCGUCCCGGAAAAGUACCUCGACGAAAAGACCAUUUACCAUUUGAAUCCGUCCGGCCGAUUCGUCAUUGGUGGACCCCACGGAGACGCGGGAUUGACCGGGCGCAAGAUCAUCAUUGACACCUACGGUGGAUGGGGUGCGCACGGAGGUGGCGCCUUUUCCGGGAAGGAUACCACCAAGGUCGAUCGAUCCGCCGCCUACGCCGCCCGUUGGGUCGCCAAGAGUCUCGUCGCCGCCAAGCUCUGCAAGCGGGCCCUCGUCCAGUUGAGUUACGCCAUCGGCGUCCCCUACCCCCUCUCCGUCUUUGUCGAUUCCUACGGAACCGUCAAGGAAGGCAUGACCGAUGCCGAUCUCACCGAAGUCAUCAACAAAAACUUUGAUCUCCGACCGGGAUGCAUCAUUCGCGACUUAAACUUGCGUCGCGCCGUCAUGCGCAAGACCGCCGCCUACGGACACUUUGGACGGGAAGAUCCCGACUUUACCUGGGAACAGGUCAAGGAACUCAAGCUCUAAACAAAAAGUUCCAAAACACCAUAUUAUACAACAAUAACACUAAACCGUCCGUUGGAAGUGCCG